UAACAACUAGUGUAUUGGGGUUCUUUUGGUCAUUGAAAUUCGUUUAUACUGCUUCUCACUCACGAUGAAAGUGCAUCUGAUACGUCUUGUAUUCGUUUUGCAUUGAUUUUGUUUGUGAACAGUACAGUUUAGUUUGUUAUUUACAUUUCUAAAGAUCUAAUUACUCAAAGUUAAACGUACGGUUAAGGGCCGGCAGCGAUGAAAAAGUGGGUUGACAUGGCGGUUCCAGGAAAGAAACUACAGCUGGAGACAUCUGCUGUUGACAAAACCUACUGUCAACCUUGCUCCCGGGAUAGAGAUACCCUACCUGCUGAGGCGUACUGUGCUGUAUGUAAAGAGUUCCUCUGCUCAAACUGUGCAAGUGUACACAGCAAACUGAAAAUAACCAGAACACAUUCUCUCCUUCACAAAUCAAAUAUGCCACCCUUAACAAGGGACAAGGGAGACCAAGAUGAAUUUGAGUGCACAGAACCUUGUGAGACCCAUCCAAAAGAGUUCAUCAAAUACUUCUGCCAAACGCAUCAGAUAAUGAAUUGUGGACACUGUGUAGUGCAGAGCCAUCGAUCCUGCCAUGUUGAUGUUAUAUCAGAAAUAUCCAAGGCCUUCAAGGAUGGUCCAGAGUAUGGAGACAUCGAUAAAGCAAUUACUAGAUUAUUUAAAGACAUUGAUGAUUGUGCGACUACCAUUGAGAAGAAUAUGAAGUUAAUGGCAGAGAUGGGUGAAAGUGAGAUUUCUAAAUUAAAAAGAUGUCGCGAUGAGGUCAACAAUUACUUCGACGAAAGAGAAAAAUCACUCAUGCUGAUAAUAGAAAAUAUGAAAAAAAAUGAUGAAGCAAUACUUGACAACCUGAGGCCAAAAUGUAAUAACCUUAAGGUUAAGGUAGUAGAAAUCAAGAAUAACAUUGCAACACAUGAACACAACAACGUCCAGUUGUUUAUUGAGGUGAAACGGGCUAAAAAAGUUCUUGAAGUAUUACAGACCGCUCUUGCUAACAUUAGCAUGCAAAAUACCAUUCAUCAAUACAAAUUCAAAAAGGACUCGGCCACGGAGAGGCUGAUGGCAUCCAAUACCGGCCUUGGUCGUGUGGAGAAAGGAGUCAUUGAUGCUCAAAAUACACCAAGUGAGAGCAUUGGACUUCCACAUUCUUUAUAUCUAGAGAAAAGCGUUGGCAAAACCAUGGCAACAGGACAAUCCACAAUUAUCCAGACUGAGAGGGACAAAUUACCUGUCACAGAUGGCGAGUGCGUUGGACUUCAACAUUCUUUAUAUGAAGAGAAGAGCGCCGGCCAAACCAUGGUAACAGGACGAUCCACAAAUAUACACACUGAGAGGGAAGAAUUACCUUCCACAGAUGAUGAACUAGAGCGUAUUAUAGAUGAAACCAUGUAUUGGCCGGACGGAGUUGCCUACCAGAAGUGGGUGGCGAAUGAGGAGGGGAUGGGUCAGCGCCAGUCGUCACACAAUACCUCCAAACGAGAACGCCGCGACAGGCGACACGGUCGGCCCCAAUGCAAAGAACGGGGCUUUAAGACGCCUCAUAACGAAUUCGAAAAAGGCAGUAGACCCGAAACCCGAAAUGAUUCUCGGUACCGUAAUGACCACCAACAUCGAAAGGUUGCGACCAGCGUAUCGAGAGCCUGGAACAAAUAGAUGACAAAGACCCCUCCGAUGGUUAUAAUCAAUCAUAGAAAGCCUCGGAAGAAUAUCUCAAAAUGUAUAGAUACUAAUUUAUCCUGCGUUAUUGGUGUAAAAGUAUUUGUAUUUAUUAUUGUAAACCCAUUAAUUAAACAACACUUAUCGUGAAGCCGAUACUAUUUGUUAACUUAAUAGUUAUGAUGUUUAAUCUGUUAUGUUGGAACUGACGAGGUAUUAUGUUAGAUAAUUACUAAACAUCAGUUAUUACAACGAUCUAUGUAUUUUGUCGAUUAAUAUAUACACUAAAAAUCAUUAUUCAUUUGUCUCUGUUGAUAAUUAUAUCGUCUCAUAAGAUGUGCUUAUACCUUGGUGUUUUUUAAAAACAACAGACGUUCUGUUAAAGCAAAAUUACUUGUAUUUCAACAAGCAAGAAAAGCUUUGUUUAGUUUGUAUUUAACCAAUGUUUGCUAUUAGAUUGUCACUUUAAACUAUUUUAUAACACUUUAGUACCUAUUUUUUUUAAUGCAUAUGAAGUAUGGGGCUAUGGGGAUUUAAGCAUGGUUGAGAAAACACAAUUUUUGAUAAAGUCACUAAAAAGGGAAAAACUCUUGUUAUAGCUAUUUUGUUAUCGUGACAUAGUUUCCUAUCAGAGAAAUUUCACAUUUGAAAUUCAUUUUACUUCCUCUUUUACUGGAUCUCAUUUCUUUAGAUGAUACAGAACCCAAAGUUAACCUUAAAAAACUUUUUUAGCUUGGAUUUUAAUUUUACAACAUUUAUUCAUAAUGGGUUCUGCUUAUAAAAUGCAUUAGGAUGUUCGUUCUUUCGGGUCCCGUUACGUAUUUUAGUGCAUAUGUAUGAUACGUCUUGUAUUCGUUUUGCAUUGAUUUUUUGUUCGUAAACAGUACAGUAUAGUUUGUUAUUUACAUUUCUAAAGAUCUAAUUACUCAAAGUUAAACGUACGGUUAAGGGCCGGCAGCGAUGAAAAAGUGGGUGGGGAAGGUCAAAAACUAAAACUUUAAUAAAAUAGAUGUUUGAUUUAGCUUUGAGGAACGAUUUUUUUGGGAGUGAAACAUUUAUUCUUGGCGACAUGUUUUGGGUUAGUUAGGAGUUAAACAAAUAUUUAAAAAAAUAGUUUAACAGAUUUUGGAUAAAAAAACAUUCACAUUAUUACGGAAAUGUCUGUCGUCAUUAGAACUUCGUAGCCCCAGACUACCUAUUCAACAAUGUCUUGAGAGAUCUUGAUGCUAUAUUGUCAAAUAAAACAGUUAUUCAGAAAUAUAAUGAAAUUUCGUGGAUGAAAUUCAUUUCCAUGUUACAAAAAUGCAUAUAUAUUUUUUUUUUAAAUAGCUGCAAUUAAAACAAAACCACAAUAUAUUGUUAAUUCGGCAGUUCCGAUAAUUUUGACUUUUCCUGGAAAACUUGAAUGCUUUUUGUUUGGAAAUCUGAUAGAAUAUUAUUUCGUACAAAAUUUGCAACUCCUAAAUCCAGCUUUUCAUGUUGCAUCGGAUAUUUGAGUCAUAUUUGUUAAAUAUUGAACCUUAAAACUAAAAAAUAUUUGGUCCCUCAAUCGACUUUUGCAUCGCUGCCGACCCUUAAAUUAAUGAUAGACCUAAGCUUAAAAUGUUGAGUAGUAGAUAUUUCAAUAUAGAUUAUAUCGCUUCAAUGGAGUUUACCAAUGAAACAUCUUAAGUAUAACAAUUUCUUAAUUAUUUGAAACUCUUAUUAACCGGCGAUGGAUUAAUCAUUAGAUAUUAGAAAUAGUAUUUUUCAUGCAAACAGGUAUACUUUUAUUUUCAAUACUUAUUUAAUAAGAGUAACGUAAUGUAGGUGUAAGACACUUUGUGGCGAAACGUCCCAACCCCGAAAACCUAAAAAGCCAUGUUAUUAUUAUUUGACGAUGGGGUGUCUUCCCAAACAUAUUUUUGACUAUUGUAUAUAUGAAAUGGUGCAUUCCAGUGUUUUCUAUUCAUUUUUUCUCCGAUAUCGACAUUAAUAUGUGCCCUUCUUACAUCCUUAAACAUUAUUUAUUAAAAUUUAGAAACAUUCAAAUUAUUGUUGAAGAACGAUUUUUUUCAAACAUUUAGUCAAUAAAAUAUUGUUUUAUAACUAAUACAAACAUUUUAAUUUUAUCAGUAACUUUAUUAAGUGACAUAGAUUUGAACGUUAGUGGCUAUGGACUAGAUUAUACUCUCGUUUGUCAGAAGAAAUUCAUUGUUUUUGGAUUUGAACAUUAUUGUCUAUGGACUAGAUUAUACUUUCGUUUGUCAGAAGAAAUUCAUUGUUUUGGAUUUGAACAUUAGUGCUAUGGACUAGAUUAAAAUUUCGUUCGUCAGAAAAAAAAAUCAGUGUUUUAAAAAAAACCAAUUGCAAUUUGCCUCAGUUAUUAUAAAGUCAGCAUUUUCUUGAUUCAUAUAUGCUUUGAUGUUUAAACCUAAUUUUUAAGAUCAAUUUUAAAAAUGUUUAAUAAA